AUGCUGUUCUCUUCGUGCAAGAGACCUGCUGCCCGCAGCAUUGCGGCGUUGAGGUCCCCAACCCAAAUCCCCAAAUUUACCGCGUCUCGAGGGUUCGUGAGUGUGUCACGACCAUGCUCUACAACCUCUUCGCGGCGAGCGGGCCAGAGUGUUUCGCCAAUUCGCCAUUUCUCUUCAAGCGCAACACUUCGUAAUGAUCUUCCUUUUCUGGAAAGCUAUAAGCAGUCCUUUCAUUUCUCCCCGGCCACGCAUGAGAUCAAGGAGCUUGCGAAUGCUUCAAUUGGAGAGACGGUUACUCUGCACGGCUAUCUCGGGCCCCGCGCCGACCUUUCGAAAAAGCUCUCCUUCGUCCCGUUGUUAAGCAAAGACCUCAGCCACAGUGUUCAGAUAAUCAGCACCCCCCGUUCGUCCGAGGAGUUGCACGCUCGCUUGAAGGCCCUGGGAGCACAAGACCCUGUCGCCAUCACAGGCGUUUUGAAGGAACGUAAGCCUACUAAGAGUGACGCAGGAGAAAUUCAAAAGAUCACCAACGUAGAGGUUGAACUAAAGGAGCUGUGUGUGCUCAACGAGUUCCCAAAGGAAAUCACCUUCCAAGAGGACACCAACAUCCCACCUGAGCAGCGCCAUCUGCAAAUCCGCCAGGACAAGGGCAUCCGUGACGCACUGGCAUUCAGGGCCAAGGCUGCCAACACCUGCAGAGAUGAGCUAGCUAACAAGCAUGAUUUCUUGGAGAUCGAGACGCCUAUGCUUUUCAAGUCUACGCCCGAGGGGGCAAGAGAGUUUUUGGUGCCUACUCGGACCAAGGGCCUGGCAUACGCACUUCCUCAGAGCCCGCAGCAGUACAAGCAAAUCCUGAUGGCCAGUGGUAUCCCAAAGUACUUCCAAAUCGCUCGUUGCUUCCGAGACGAAGACCUCAGGGCAGACAGACAGCCUGAAUUCACUCAGCUUGACCUGGAAAUGUCCUUUGCGGCUGGCGAGGACGUUCAGAAGUGUAUUGAGAACCUCGUUCGGAGACUGUGGGGUGAGCUUCUGAAUGUCAAGCUGCCAUCCAACUUCCCGCACAUGUCUUACAAUGAUGCCAUGGCGAAGUAUGGCUCCGACAAGCCCGACAUCCGCCUGGGCAUGGAGAUCUCGCAAAUCGACUAUCUCCUUCCAGUAGAUCUGGUCACCAAAAUCGGGCCUCUAGCUGAUCCUGCAGUCGAUGUGAUGAGGUUGCGCGUCUCAAAUGAGCCCUCGGAGACACGAAAAUUCGUGAAUGAAUUCAUGGAAUCCCCGGAGGCCGCCCCCUUCAUGAACAACCCUGAAGGCCAGCCCGGAAUUUUCAUCUUCGAUACACGGAAGCCAUUGCAAGGACUGCAGCCGUUCGGCUUCGAAGCAGCAGAGCGUCUCGAGGAUAUGUAUCAACUUGAAGACGGCGACCUCAUCGUUAUCCAGGCCCGCAAGAACGUGCCUUUCUCAGGAGGCUCAACGCCAAUCGGAAACUUGCGUUUGGCAUUGCACAAAGCGGCCGUCGCCAAGGGUCUCGUUCCUGCACCACAAGGCUUUGAGUUCCUCUGGAUCACGGACUUUCCGCUUUUCUCACCAAGCAGUGACACAGAGCCAGGCCAGGGUGGGGCUGCUGGAUUUGCGGCUACCCAUCAUCCUUUCACCGCGCCGAAGACUGCGGAGGAUGUUGGUCUGCUUUCCACGGAUCCUGCCAGUGUUCGCGCAGAGCACUACGACAUUGUUGUCAAUGGCGUAGAACUUGGCGGCGGCAGCAGACGUAUUCACGAUGCUCGGGUUCAAGAGUUCAUCAUGCGUGACGUGCUGAAGAUGAGCGAAGAGCGACUGCAGGACUUCAGGCACCUGCUCGACGUUCUUCGAGCCGGAUGUCCACCACACGCUGGGAUUGCCCUUGGCUUCGACAGACUGAUCGCCGUGAUGCUCGGAAAGGAGUCGGUUAGGGACGUCAUCGCAUUCCCCAAGAGCGGUAAGGGAGAGGAUCUGCUCGUGAAAGCACCGAAUGCUGUGACGAAAGAGCAGUUGGAAACAUACCACUUGACAUUUAAGAACUGA